ACAGCAUUAGUCUAUAUGACAGCCGAUCCCAUCUCCCUAUGUUUUUGGAUUUGUCUACAGCCCGAACGCUAUGUACCUGGUUCGCCCAUCUUUCGCGAUAGCAGUCCCACUCCCAAUGCCACGCCCACAGCACCUAUAACAGUUCCGCCCACAACAGCAGCAACAACGACGACGACAACGGGCGUUUCUCCAACCUCGCGGAGUCGUGGUCAAGCUAUGACAAUUUCCGUUUCACAUGCAGCACACGGCAAUGCAACGGCUACCAGCAACAACAAGAGCAACACCUCCUCCGCCGCCAAGCAGCUGCCCACCUGCUACAUGAGCACUCGCUCCGCAGCGAUGAUGGCACUCGCCCUGGGCCAGCAGACAAGAGACGAGAAGACAACCACAGCAAAGCCAGCCUCGCCACGCACUCACAAUAGAAACGUUUCAACUGCGCCAACUCCUGUUCGUCCCACGUCUACGCCCACAGCUAUAGCUAGCACUUCCAAGUCAACCACGCCCACAGCCACAACAACAACUACGUCCAGCACUUCGAAGCCAACCACGCCCACGACGGCAGCACGUGCCGCUGCCCAGCUCAACGGCAUGGGCAUUCUCUCCGGUGGCAGCAACUCGAGUGGCUCCAGCGACAACGAUGGCUUCAGCACAUCCGGCUCCUCGACGGCAACGGCGCUGCGUCGUCUGUACUUCAAGAGCGGGCGCAGCAUUAAGAACAAGAUCAACUCAUCCACCACCGCCGCCCCGCUCAACAGCCUGCCCAUGAAUCCCGUGUCCAGUGCCUAUCACAACUCGGUGAGCGGUGCCACAGCCAUGCAUUCCAUGGGCGUGGGCGGAGUGCCCAAGCUGGUGGUGAUGGGAGCCUCGUCGGCAUCCAUUCCGGACACGAACAUCAACACGUCCACGGACUCGGCCUGCACGCUCAUCACGAAUGUGACGCACACGGACACCUCGGAGACCUGCGAUUCGCUCGAUCUGGGCGACAACUCGGGGCCCAGCGAGCCGCUCUUCAGUUCGCUGGAGGAGCCUCUCCUGACGGCCAUCCAAAUCGAUUCGGAGCACGAGACAAGUGGAGGUGGCGGUGGCGGUGGCAUGGCCACUGAGAUGGAAUUAACGAGCUGCUCGCGUUAUCCCCCACGCCACGACAUGAAUCUGCAGGAUAGCACCGAGAGCCAGGAGUCGUGUUUGUCCAUAUUGACGGGAGAACCGUCAUCCACAACGCCGCUGCUGUCGUCACGGCAGCCCAGCACGGCGCCACCGCCGACACGAGGACGUGAGCACUUCACCUUCGAUCCGCCGCAGUCACCGAAAUCCGCACGUAGCAGCGAGAAGGCCCGCAGUCACUUCACCUUCAAGGAGGACGCACAGCAGGCGCCCGGCCGUCGGGCGAGCAGCGCCCAUUACAAUGGCGACACAGCUGCUGGCGAGGCGGACUCCAAAGCGGAACUGGAGCCACUCGAGAGGAGUCUGCCUGGCAAUCGUAGCAAGAAGUUGCGCUCAAGGGAACGCGAUGCCAUGAAUGGCACACGCAAUCGCAUCUCGCCCAGCGUCUCGCCCUCGUCCAGCAGUCGCACCAGUCCCAAGCGAGAACGCAAGCGGACCACGCCCUCUGUGUCCACUGGCGCCAUAGCCAAGAUCAACUCGGCGCCGCCUACGAUGAAAGAGGGCAACUUCUUUGGCAGUUGUCAGAAGCAACGUCAAUCCCAACAGCAGCAGCAACAGCAGCUCUCUCCCUCUGCCUCGUCCUGCGCACAGCAGCGUAAAUAUUCCUCCAGCUCGUCGAGUGGCAGCAGCGAGCGUUGUCUUCGCGAUGCAGCUGCCGGCGGCACCAUGUUUCCCUUUGAUCGCGAGGCGCUCGACUACGAGCGUAUACAGCGGGAAUGCUUUGCACCCAGCUCGGCCACAGCGAGCACCAGCAGCGACUCCGAUGAGGCGGAGCAUUGCUCGGUCUACGAGCGCAAGCUGAGCACCGACAUCUUUCAGCAGUACUCUCGCCUGUCGCAGCAGGAACAGCAGCAGCAUCACGAUCGGGAUCGAGAUCGUGAUAGGGAUCGAGAUAGGGAGCGUCCGCCUUCGCGCAAGAAUUCGAAGCGCAUUCGUCCCGAUUCGGUGAUACACACGACCAUACGGGAGAAUCAACAGUAUGUGCCGCAAUCGGACGCGUUUUAUCCGCAAGCCAAGUCUUCCUCCUCGCCCAGCGAUCACUCCUAUGCCGAGCUCAACAAAUUCGAGGAUAUCGCCAGCAAAUUCGAGCAGAUUCCGCCCAAACAUGGUUCCAACUCCACCCUCAAUUUGCAUCUGCUGCACAUGCAUAGUCCGGGCAGCGAGUCCCUUGCAUCCGCUUCGCUGAGUCCCACAGAUGCCACACGCAAGCGAUCCUUCAAGAGCAAAGCCAAGUCCAAGGCGCAGCAGCAGCAGCAACAGCAGUUGGAACUGGAGGAGGCAACGGGUGGCGGUGGCAACAGUUCCAUCAAUGUGACGGCGAAUCCCUUGGAGGCAGCCGCUGUCUGCAAGCAGCCACGUGCCACCAUCGUGGUCCAACAACCCUCACUCAGCAUGGACAACACGGUUGAGACGCUGCUCAUCAAAAAUGAAGGCGAUUUCAUCAGCGUGGAGCAGGGCAAGGAGUUGAACGCACGAAAGCGACACUCACAGCAGCUGGCACAUCCGCCGCAUGCCGCUCAGCUGCUGCAUCAUCACCAUCAUCAUCACCAGGUGCAGGGACAUGGCUACUCGCCGCAACAGCAACAACAGCAGCAGCAGCAGCAACAGUCACACAACAAGAGGGACGAGAACAUGCGACAGCUGUUGGAUGUAACAAAUACCCUUACCAUUGAGGAGCUGCGGGACUUUGAAAUGCGCUAUGGCUCACCACACCACAGUCGCUCGCAGUCGGUGAAAAUGCCCGGCAGCCGUGCCUCGGGACGUCCCAAUCAACUGUGUCUGCCCCAGCAACGAUCUCGCGUGGCUUCCAUGCCCAACACUGGCGUCGAGGAGGAAUACUACAGACUGCGACACUUUUCCAUUACGGGCAAAGGCGUUGUCAAUCGUGGAGAUUCGCUAAAGAGUCGACGCAGUCGCUCCAACAACAGCGUUGCCAGCUCCAACUCCAGCACCGAGCACUUGACAGCCCAGCAACAGCAGCAGCAACAACAACAACAACAUGGACAACAGCAGCUGCCAGCGCCAAGUUCGGCCUCGGCACGCACAUCACUGGCAUCGAGUCGAGAGAGCAGUACAUCAAAUCCAGGCAAUGGUCCCUACAGAGUUUUGAUGCUUGGCGGUCCGGCAGUGGGCAAAAGUUCGCUGGUCUCGCAGUUCAUGACCUCAGAGUAUUUGCAUGCAUAUGACACGAGCAUUGAUGACGAAUCGGGCGAAAAAGCCGUAUCAGUAUUACUCAGUGGCGAAGAAUCCGAGUUGAUUUUCAUAGAUCAUGGAUACACCGAAAUGACGCCGAAUGAAUGCUUGACCAACUAUGAUCCACAUGGUUACUGCGUCAUCUACUCUGCCGCGGACCGCAGCAGCUUUAGCAUUGCCGAGCAGGUGCUUCAGGUGUUAUGGACCAAUCAGAAUAUCGCACAGAAAGCCGUCAUACUGGUGUCAAACAAAGCGGACCUGGCCAGGAGUCGACUCGUUACAUCCGAAGAGGGCAAGGCCAUGGCCACAGCAUAUGAUUGCAAAUUCAUUGAGACGUCGGUGGGCAUCAAUCACAAUGUGGAUGAGCUGCUCGUCGGUCUGUUGUCCCAGAUACGCCUCAAGCUCGAGAAUCCCGAAAAGUCGAGGGAUCUGUUUCGCAAGCGUUCCAUUCGCAAGUCAAAGCGUCGAGCAUGCUCACCGCUCAGCGCCGGCUGCCUCAAUGCCAACACUCCGCUGGGUCCGCUUGGAGCAGCGCUGGGUGAUGCGGCUGGUACGCCGCCGGGCAGUGCGCACAGCAGUCCACGUAAAUAUCGCGGCUCGCGUACCUCGACCAGUCUGAAGGUCAAGGGGCUGCUUGGACGUGUCUGGACGCGAGAUUCCAAAUCGAAGAGUUGCGAGAAUCUGCACGUGCUCUAAAGGAGCCGCCAACAAACACUCGCACACAACGACUGAGCAUGGGCAGAAAUUGACGGGGGGCCAUUUGGGGAUGGGAAAUGGGUUCGGGGGGAGGGUUCAAAUGGAGGGACAUUUUCAGUUUUUUACCCAUUUAAAUUUUUGGUUACCCCAAAAUUCGGUGCAUACAAAAUCCCAAGGAUUAUUUACAUAGACGAUAAUAAUGAAAAGCUCCCAAAAACAAAACAAAAUCGAUACGCCUAAGUUUUGAAACGUACAAGCUACAAAAUAGACUCAUAACUCAUAGCUGUAUUACGAAUAUUGUAUUGUAUAUAUAUGUAUGUAUCAUUUAUUUUUACCUAUAAUCUAGUACUUUAAUUAUAUAUUAUUUGUAUAAACCGAAACUCUAUAUUUUGUACAUAUUCAAAUCAAUUUAUCAAAUAUAAAAUAUACUUUUAAUUUAACUUUUAAUUUAAUUCCACUGUGUUUUAUUUUCUUUUGAAUUAAUCGAAAUGCAUUUAAAAUUGUUUCAUUUUUUUUCGUAAUUCGAACACAUUUCAGAUCUAUCCAUAGUUAUUAAUGCAACUUAGUUUACAGGGCUUGAAAAGUUAAUUAUUAUAAAAUUAAAUUACUGACAAGUAAUAUUACGCAAACCAAAUCAAAAGCAAUAAUUUUUGUAAUUUUUAAAAUAAUUAUAUUACAUUUAAAUUAUAACCCAAAAUGAGAUAUGAAUAAAUUGUACUGAUUUUUAGAAUGUUUGGCCAAUGUUUGCCGAAUAUUAUUUAUUAUUAAUUAUAUUUAUGAAACUAAUGCUAAUUGAAUUGCAUUUUAAAAUCACUAAUAUUCGUAUUGUUCAAAUCGAUUACUAAAUAUUUAAUGUUCAUAAACAAAAAAAAUCAUAAGAAACAACAAAAAAAAAAUAUAUAAAAUAUAUGUAUGUAUGCAUUUUUCAAAUUCAAUUUGCAUUAUGUAGUUGUUAAGUAAUUUGCUAAUUUUUGAAAGAAUGCAAAACAAAUUAUUUUUGUCGCAGAAACCAUGUGCACAGCAUUGGCACUCAUUAUAGGUUUCUUACAUUAGUCGGGACCAUUUCGAAAUUGAAUAGAGCUACCACACACAAUAUAAGUUAUCUCCAAUCGGGUGACUCAGAAAGUGUUUAACAUUAGUUUUUAAAUGCGAUUUACACGAAGAUUCGGAAAAAUCAAAACCAAAAACCAAAAACCAAAUUUAAGAUAUUCAUGUUGGUAACAUGGACCGUCUGUAUCAGAUUUUGAAUUGUCCUGCACAACAAUUUUAAAAUUAUCAAUGUCACAAUUAAUAUCUGUAGAUACAUGUAAAUGCAUAAAACAUUUAUAGUAUGUUACAUUUGCUACAAUUCUAUAGAUGUGUAUAUGUAUGUAUGUAUAUCAAAACUAAUGCAGCACAAUGGAAUUUAAAAAUAAUAAGUAAUAAUACAAAACCAAUUGGCAUCGCCCAAUUCACUUUGAACUACGAGUAACACAUGAAACAAUAUAAAUGUAAAAUUUGCAAAUUGAAAUGAUCCAGCAAGAUGUGCAAAACAUAUAUAUAUAACUUGUCUAUGAAUUUAUUAGUAAAAAUAUUUAGAUGUAUUUUUUUGUCCAUUCAAAAAAAACCAACAAAAAACCAAUACCAAAAAAUUUAUAAAUCUUAAAUAUAUACCGAAAUGAAUUCGAGCCGUGGACUGUCAAUGGCCAAGAUAGCCAGAAGCAAACUGGUUAACAAAUUGAUUGUAUAAAGCUAUGUAGAAUCGCAAAAGUCAGCCAUAAUUAGUGUGUCUUGCGGUUAUCAGCCGCAUGGCAUAUUAAAGACAGAGAGAGACGAAUAUACUCCAUUUACUAUUACAAAAAAACUAUAUGUGUAAUGCGUGUAUAAUAAAUGUGUAAACUUUCAAUUUAAAUCAA